UGCUGGAGCAAGGCAGGGCAUAGGAAGACUGGCCUCCGCCUCCCGGGAUGGGUCACUGGCCAGCAGUGCAGCCUCAGUCGUCCUGGCAUUUUGUUAAGCAAAUCGACGACACAUGUUUAACUGCGGCGUAAUAUUUACAAGACGCUGUACCGUUAGCUAUUCUAGGCGUUGCUUAUUGGUUCAUUUUGGUCACGUGACUGUGCCAUAUGUUCGGCAUGACUCUGCGCAUGCGCAGCAGAUGAUCUGAUCACUUUAAAUUUUAUUCUUGCACAACAACAUUAUAUUAGUUGUGGGUUAAAGUUCAUUAUACCACAGUAAACUCUUCUUAUGAUUAAACAUAAUAUAGUCGACGUAUACUAAAAAAUUUCCAGAUCACCCGUCUUGCGCUCUGUUUUCAUUACUGUCCAAUGAUUUUUGAAACAUCCGGUAAUCAUGUGAAAACCGGCGAGCGAGGCGCUUCGCCGCCAGCCCGGAGUUCGUCACCAAGUGCUGUGAGCGACGGCGCGGGGCCGCGGGACCACCACCUCGGGUGAAAUCGAAAGUUGCUUGAAAGUUAAUGUCACCCUAUAUACGAAGGUUGACAACUUAUUAUAACUGACACUGUGGACGUUAGUGAUGAACUGUGCGACCGCGCGAUUGAGUGGACAGACCAUGAAGCAACCAACCCCACCACACUGGUGCGGGCGAGGCAGCGGGCUGCCGGGGGAUACUAGAGGGCGGCAGCGGUGGUAGUGGUGUGGCGGUGGCGGCGGCCGCUGUGGUGAGCCCGGAUGUACCACCAUGGAAGAGUACUUCUACCUGGAGGAGGCGGGCUACCCGAGCAUGGCUUACCGGGGCGUCAAGGCGGGCGUGGAGGUGGCGCCCCCUAACCAUCGCUCUGACAUGGCGCCCCAAGUGGCCAUUGAGGGGUCAGGGGGGUGCCAAGACUACGAGCUGACCCUCCUGGAGUCCCCCAGUGUGUAUGACGUAGUCCAAUACCCAAGUUAUCCUGACGGAGGUGGGAGUAACGGACCGGCCUUCCCUGAGCCGCCGGCCUUCACACCACAUUACAUACCGGCGUGUGAUUUCAACGCGGCAGUCAAUAAAGUCCCUGCGCCUGCUUUUCCUCCAAAAGAGCUCGGGCUUAAUUUGGUGCAGGACUCUGUCCCGGGGACCGCCAUUCCUGAGAGGGAAAAGGUGCCUCCCCACAGGACGUACGUCAGACCGCAGCGAAGAAGGCGACACAAGCCGCUGGGGAAGGAAAUAGUGAAAACGAGACGGGUAGCAGCCAACGCUAGGGAAAGGCGAAGGAUGCACGGCCUCAAUGACGCUUUCGAUCGCCUGCGUGAGGUCAUCCCUUGCCUGGGCAGUGACAGGAAGCUCUCCAAGUUUGAGACCCUACAGAUGGCGCAAACUUACAUAGCCGCACUUCAAGAGCUCCUCAGGUCCUCAGGUGCCUCUGUGUGAUGAGUCUGAGAAAACUGGUGGGGGACAUCCCGGCUCGCCCCGACACCCGCACAGUGAAGGUUGACGAGACGUGGCGGCGAAUGAACACGUCAUCACGCAUCUUUUCACCUGUCGGUCAUGGCGCCUUUACAGCGCUUUGUUGGUGCAUUUUACUGCCCGACACUUCUCAGGACAAUGAACGCUUGUAGUAAAAUGGUUUAGUGUUUAUUGAUACGAUUAUUUAUUCCUAGUUGUAUGAGUGGAAAGUAAUUAUCAUACCUGAGUAUUAUUAGUGUGUACGGCUAUCAUGUAAAAUUUAUGUGUUGAAGCUUUAAUGAGAGUGGUGAGGGACCAGAUGCCGAGCAGCGAGGGUUGCUUGUGGUGACGGCAGUGCAAUAUCCUUAAAAGUAUUUUCCUAGAGCUUUUGUAUUUAUUUUAUGAAGUGUCCUAUAAUGAAUUAUUGAAAAUGUUCACGGAAAAAUAUCAAACGUUUCAUAUACUAUACUAGCAGACACAGCCUUUCUCUGAAAGUGUGACUGCGAGGUGGGCUUUCAUUGGGAUGCUCUUAUGAGUAAGCUGGAAGAUGGAGAUAAAAAAAAAAAUGUAAAGACAGAGUUAAUCUACCAACUCCCGUUUUCGUUGUAGUAACGUCCUGAGUGCUGCCUUUGCAUUAUUGAUUACUUUUUUGUAUUGGUAUUAAGUUGCUGUUAACUUUAGGGCGGGUAGUGGAAGCCUGGGGUGGAGGUGGUGCAAGAUGCUCACUGUCAGUCAGGGUGCUCGGCAGGACCGGACGUUAUUACCUGAGUCAUGCUGUGGACCAUGUUGGACUUGUGUUUACUGAGGAGUGAAUGUAUUAAGAACAACCUAACCAACCAGCCAACACACACACACACACACACACACACACACACACACGUACAUGCACACACACACACACACACACACACACACACACACACACACACACACACACACACACACACACACACACACACACACACACACACACACACACACACACACACACACACACAAA